CGUGCAAGGCCAUGUCCUUCGAAAGGUCACUGGUGCUAAGCAGUUUCGGUUAUUCCUGCUUCAUAAUCAGGUCGAUAACCCGUCAUGACAUUCUCUCAAGCUGUUGCCACUCGAAUUUAACCGGACAUUCCCUUCAUAUGUUGCUUUGGAUAUUCUUCCGUCAGUGAUAUUAUCACCUAGAAUUAAUCCUUAAAACUCAAUGGCCGAUCUUAAUAAACCACUUGAUGGUAAUAUUGUCAUAUCACGUCGAACGUUAAACACAUUUGGUGGAGUCUUUUGUUCCGUAACACUAUCUCAGUUCAGUAGUGUAAUAUUUCUGCGUUUAGGGUUCAUCAUCGCUCAUGCUGGUUUGCUGGAAAGUAUAUUACAACUAAUUCUAUCUUAUUUUAUCUUGUUGCUGACUGUGUUUUCCAUAUGCGCAAUUAGUACAAAUGGAGCAGUUGAAGGGGGAGGUGUAUAUUUCAUGCUUAGUCGAACUUUAGGUCCCGAGUUUGGUGGAGCUAUUGGAUCGAUAUUUUUCUUCGCUCAAGUUUGUAGUGCUGCUUUAUAUAUAGCAGGCUUAGUGGAGGCUGUGCUAAUAAAUUUCGGCCCUGGAGGUAUUUUAUUCGAUGGGGUACUACCUGGUGAAAAUCACUGGUGGAGUUAUCUAUAUGCCUUAGUUAUACUCGCACUUUGUAUGUCUAUCUUACUAAUUGGGAGUCAAAUGUUUGCUCGUGCUCUUUAUUUCAUUCUUGGAGUUGUGAUUAUUGUUAUCAUAUGUGUAUUCGCUAGUUUCUUUCUACAACCAAAAUUAAUACCUUUGCCAAGAUCUAAUUCCCUUAUCUAUAAUUCAUCAACACCAAAUGAUGUAACUAUAUUUGCUGAGUUCACCAGUUUAAAUGGGAAUACAUUCAAAGAAAAUAUUUUUCCUAUGUAUUCAAUUGAUUAUACUACUGGUACAUUGACAUCAUUCGUCAUUGUUUUCUCCGUAUUAUUUUCUGGUGUAACCGGAAUAAUGAACGGUGCGAAUGUAUCUGGUGAAUUAAAGAAUCCUUCGCGUUCGAUCCCUCUGGGAACUUUAUCAGCUUUACUUUUUACAUUGUUGAUUUAUCUCGUUAUGAUGAUAUUCUCAGCCGCUUCUACCAGCCGAUAUCUGUUGGUAAAUAACAAUAUCUUUAUGCAGUCAAUCAGUUUUUGGCAACCAAUCGUUGUAAUAGGUGUCUUUGCAACCACAUUAUCUGCAGCUUUAGGCAAUCUUAUUGGAGCCUCACGUAUAUUGGAAGCAAUAGCUCGUGAUGAAUUAUUCGGUCGAGUUCUUCGUCCGGCAAAAUGGACCACAAAACGUGGAAAUCCGAUAGUUGCAGUUCUUUCUGCUGGAUUGCUUUGUUUGCUAAUUUUGCUUAUUGGUAGAUUAAAUGCUAUCGCUCCACUUGUAUCUGUUCUAUUUUUACUGGCCUAUGCUUCUGUGAAUUUGGCGUGCGCUGGUUUAGACGCUGCCUCACCACCAAAUUUCAGGCCAACAUUUCGAUAUUUUAAUUGGAUGACUUCGAUUUUAGGAAUGGUUGGCUGUAUCAUUAUGUGUUUAUUAAUUCAGCCAAUUUAUACAGUAAUCGCACUUCUUGUUUUGGGUCUACUAGUUUUUUCAUUAUAUCAACGUCAUUUAGAAUCGUCUUGGGGUAAUAUUGGACAAGCGCUUCUAUUUCAUCAGAUUCGUAAAUAUUUGUUGUUGUUGGAUUCCCGUAAAGAUCAUGUUAAAUACUGGCGACUUCAAUUACUGUUAUUAGUUGCAAAUCCACGUUCGUCAGCUUCGCUUGUUCAAUUUAUGAAUAGUUUAAAAAAAGGCGGUCUGUAUGUGGUUGGUCAUGCAAUAUAUGGUGAUCCGGACGGAUUUAUCGACCAGUCGGAUCCAUGCCUUAGUCAACGUUGGUAUUGGACGCAAUAUGUGAAAUAUUUAAAAACUAAAGCGUUUGUAGAGGUAACAAUUGACCAAAGUGUACGCAGAGCUAUAUCACAUCUGAUUCGAAUUUCAGGUUUGGGUGCAAUGCGUCCAAACACAGUGUGUUUAGGAUUUUACGAUGACAAGUCAUCGGUUGAUGUAUUAGCUAGGAUUUGGAAAGAACGUAAAGUAAAAACAUUCAGUUCAUGGCCAAAUCAUAUUCAUUCAUAUGAUUCUGCGGAUUUAAUCAUUAACAGCAGUGAUGCUCAAACGACAAAUGCUUAUCAAACAAACAGCAGUGAACUACUAGCUAAUUUCGAUGCAAUUUCGAAUCACGAUUCAAAUUCUAUUUUUGUAAGUCAGAAUAAUUCAGAAUUUCAAUUUCACGGGGAUCAUCGUCCUGGUCGUCUUACCUCACAGGAAUAUGUUGGCAUCAUUCGGGAAAUUCUUAAUAUGGAGACCAAUGUUGUACUUGCUCGAAAUUUUGACAGAGUUAUUUUUGAUGAAGGUAUAUCCGGUUGGGAUACAACUCGACACUAUUUCCGUAAUAUUUUUCGUCCAACUCAUCGUUCACAAGGGAUGGAUUUCAAUUACAAUGACGGUUAUAAUGCAGGUUCAAUGAUGGCUGAAACUGGCUCAAUGUCUGAAGUUAAUCCUUAUAUAGUAGACACUUCAAAAGCUAUAUUCUUUGAUAUAUGGCCAAUAAAUCUUAUUGAGUUCUAUGGUGAAAAUUCAUAUCUAUCAUCGUCAUCAUCAUGUGAAGGGGUUUACGAACAAAUAAUUGAUCGUACUGGUCUUUUUCUCUUACAACUUGCCUGUUUAGUUGCUAGAUCGCCUUAUUGGCGUAAACGUCGUCAUCCACCAAAACUGCGUGCAUUUUUCCCUUACUUACCUAAAUUAAAUGAAAUGAACCCAUCUAGUGAGGUUGUUACGUCAACUGAUAAAGCACGUUGUCAACUAUCAACUUUGUUAAAAAAUUUACGAAUUCCCGCUGAAAUACAUCUGGUUGAUGUGGAUAGUUCGGUGAUGAAGAGAAAUUUAAUAUCAAAAAAUAUCAAUAAUAAUGACAACAGAAGAAUAAUCUAUUUAAACCAAUUAAUUUUGUCUCAUUGUCAUCCGAAUACAACGGCUUUAUUUCUUUACUUACCUAAACCAAAUUCAGAUUUAUCAUUAGCUGAUAUUUAUUUGAAUCAAUUGAGUAUACUGACAGAUGCAUUGCCACCAACAUUGCUAGCUCAUGGUUUACAUGAAGUCACAUCGGCUGAACUAUGAUGAUUUAUUUCUAUUUAUUUUUGUGCUCUAAUACAAGAAUUUGGAGUGAAUCAGCAGCAAACUGCUUGUACGUUUGGAUAUACCAAUAUGUCAAUAAUUGAACUUAUCUUGUUUUUCAUUGCUAUAUAGUUGAUUUCCCUCUGAUUAAAUUCAUUGUUAUCUGUUGAUUUACGUAAACGUAUAUAAAUUAUCUUUUGAUUAAUACAGCUGUUUUGCAAAUUGAUCAUGUCUUAUUCACUACUUCGUUUACAAAACAGGAUUAUAGUAAUCUUCCUUCAGUAUAUCUUCGUGGUCACAUUUCUAUGUAUGACUGAUUUCAACCUAAGGAUAAAAUAUUGAAAUUUAACCAAUCAAUUGAUCAUUACUAAUAAGCACACUAAAUCAAAAAAAAUUCUUAGUUGGUGAACUGUACAACAUGAGAUAAAUGAAUUUAUAUUCUGCUGUCUUCUGGGUAUGUUGUAUUCUCUGUUGGUUGUUUGAUGCCUAGAUUUGUUUACUUGAGCAUUAAAAAAGAAAGAUAGUGUUUCAGUUGUUAAUCUUUAUUGCGUCUGACCGUUGCUUUCUUGGUGUAAGUUAACAUUAUAAUUAAGCCAUACCAAAUUGCUUAUACUUAUACACGUAUAAGGUUUGAUUGUGAAACAGCUUGUUCGUGUGUCGACGAUUAAUAAUAAUCAAGUGUGCUUAGUGUUAAUCUAAUUACUAUUUAUAUACCAAUUCGAUGACACAUAAUUUAUUUUUAUAAUGACAAUAGAAAAGAAAAAGCAGACAAUAUCUGUAUGGCAUACUGUGUUCAUGAACUUUGUUGAACUCAACUUAUUCAAAUUUAAUCAUUUUUCACUUGUUAACAUCAUGCUUUUCGGUUCGUGAUUUUGACUAGAUUAAUGAAUGGUUUUGUAUUUUCAUUUGUUUGUCUUUUAAGUAAUUUUUCUUUUUUUCAUGCGAUAUACAUGUAUUCAUCUUUUUUUUUUUGAAAUUAUAAAUUUGAUUUAUUUGUUUUUUAAUCAGUUAUAAUAAUUACAUACAAUCAUAAACGGUGACAACUUAAUUGUAUAUUUAUUAUUAACAAUAACUGUUGCUUACAUUUACGUGACAGAUAUUCUUGUUGAUUAUUCUAUUUACAUUCUAAGAUUAACUAAACGUUGAAAGUGCU